ACAUUUUUCAAAUGCUUUGUGCAGAUAAAAGCUUCGAUGAUGAAGAAUCAGUGGAUGGAAAUAGGCCGUCAUCAGCUGCUUCAGCCUUCAAGGUUCCUGCACCUAAAACAUCCGGAAAUCCUGUCAACAGUGCAAGGAAGCCUGGUUCAGCAGGUGGCCCUAAGGUUGGAGGUGCUUCUAAGGAAGGAGGUGCUGGAGCAGUUGAUGAAGAUGAUUUUAUAAAAGCUUUUACAGAUGUCCCUUCUGUUCAGAUUUAUUCUAGUCGAGAACUUGAAGAAACAUUAAAUAAAAUCAGGGAAAUUUUGUCAGAUGACAAACAUGACUGGGAUCAGCGUGCCAAUGCACUGAAGAAAAUCCGAUCACUGCUUGUUGCUGGAGCUGCACAGUAUGAUUGCUUUUUUCAACAUUUACGCUUGUUGGAUGGAGCACUUAAACUUUCAGCUAAGGAUCUUAGAUCCCAGGUGGUUAGAGAAGCUUGUAUUACUGUAGCCCACCUUUCAACAGUUUUGGGAAACAAGUUUGAUCAUGGCGCUGAAGCCAUUGUACCUACACUUUUUAAUCUUGUCCCCAAUAGUGCAAAAGUCAUGGCAACUUCUGGAUGUGCAGCAAUCAGAUUUAUCAUUCGGCAUACUCAUGUACCCAGACUUAUACCUUUAAUAACAAGCAAUUGCACAUCAAAAUCAGUUCCCGUGAGGAGGUAAGUUUAAUUUUUGUUGUUGUUGUUAAUGAUACAGGUUACCUUUGCUUUGUCUUUCAUAGUAUCAGCAGGCAGCAGCAAAGCUAGUUCCCUUCCAGGAAGUCUGCAGCGUUCACGAAGUGACAUUGAUGUGAAUGCUGCUGCUGGUGCCAAAGCACAUCAUGCUGCUGGACAGUCUGUGCGAAACGGGCGCUUAGGUGCAGGUGCCCUGAAUCCAGGUUCCUAUGCAUCACUAGAGGAUACUUCUGACAAGCUGGAUGGAACAGCAUCUGAAGAUGGCCGGGUGAGAGCAAAACUUUCAGCACCACUUGCUGGCAUGGGAAAUGCCAAGACAGAUUCUAGAGGAAGAAGUCGAACAAAAAUGGUGUCUCAAUCACAGCCUGGUAGCCGGUCUGGGUCUCCAGGAAGAGUUCUGACCACAACAGCCCUGUCCACUGUGAGCUCAGGUGUUCAAAGAGUCCUGGUCAAUUCAGCCUCAGCACAAAAAAGAAGCAAGAUACCACGGAGCCAGGGCUGUAGCAGAGAGGCUAGUCCAUCUAGGCUUUCAGUGGCCCGAAGCAGUCGUAUUCCUCGACCAAGUGUGAGUCAAGGAUGCAGCCGGGAAGCUAGUCGGGAGAGCAGCAGGGACACAAGUCCUGUUCGUUCUUUUCAGCCACUUGCCUCCAGACACCAUUCCAGAUCAACUGGUGCCCUCUACGCCCCCGAUGUGUAUGGGGCCUCAGGUCCGGGUUACGGGAUCAGCCAAUCAAGUCGACUGUCGUCUUCUGUUAGUGCCAUGCGAGUCCUGAACACAGGUUCUGAUGUGGAGGAGGCGGUAGCAGAUGCCUUGAAAAAACCAGCUCGAAGAAGAUAUGAAUCAUAUGGAAUGCAUUCAGAUGAUGACGCCAACAGCGAUGCAUCUAGUGCUUGUUCAGAACGCUCCUAUAGUUCUCGAAAUGGUAGUAUUCCUACAUAUAUGAGGCAGACGGAAGAUGUGGCAGAAGUCCUCAAUAGAUGUGCUAGUUCCAAUUGGUCAGAAAGGAAGGAAGGCCUCCUAGGUCUGCAGAACUUAUUGAAAAAUCAGAGAACACUAAGUCGAGUUGAACUGAAAAGAUUAUGUGAAAUUUUCACAAGAAUGUUUGCUGACCCUCAUGGCAAGAGAGUAUUCAGCAUGUUUUUGGAAACGCUAGUGGAUUUCAUACAAGUCCACAAAGAUGAUCUUCAAGAUUGGUUGUUUGUACUGCUGACACAACUACUAAAAAAAAUGGGUGCUGAUUUGCUUGGAUCUGUUCAGGCAAAAGUUCAGAAAGCCCUUGAUGUUACAAGAGAAUCUUUUCCAAAUGAUCUUCAGUUCAAUAUUCUAAUGAGAUUUACAGUUGAUCAGACCCAAACACCAAGCUUAAAGGUGAAGGUUGCUAUCCUUAAAUACAUAGAAACUCUGGCCAAACAGAUGGAUCCAGGAGAUUUUGUAAAUUCCAGUGAAACUCGCCUAGCAGUGUCUCGGGUCAUCACUUGGACAACAGAACCCAAAAGUUCUGAUGUUCGGAAGGCAGCACAGUCAGUACUGAUUUCAUUAUUUGAACUCAAUACCCCAGAGUUUACAAUGUUAUUAGGAGCUUUACCAAAAACUUUUCAGGAUGGUGCUACGAAGCUUCUUCAUAAUCACCUUCGAAACACUGGCAAUGGAACCCAGAGUUCCAUGGGGAGUCCUUUGACAAGACCAACACCACGAUCACCAGCUAACUGGUCCAGUCCUCUUACUUCUCCUACCAAUACAUCACAGAAUACUUUAUCUCCAAGUGCAUUUGAUUAUGACACAGAAAAUAUGAACUCUGAAGAUAUUUAUAGCUCUCUUAGAGGUGUCACUGAAGCAAUCCAGAAUUUCAGCUUCCGUAGCCAAGAAGAUAUGAAUGAGCCAUUGAAAAGGGAUUCUAAAAAAGACGAUGGCGAUUCAAUGUGUGGUGGUCCUGGGAUGUCUGACCCAAGAGCAGGAGGUGAUGCCACUGACUCAAGCCAAACAGCUCUUGAUAAUAAAGCUUCAUUGCUUCAUUCAGUGCCUACUCACUCCUCUCCACGCUCUCGAGACUAUAAUCCAUAUAACUAUUCAGAUAGCAUCAGUCCCUUCAACAAGUCUGCCCUCAAGGAAGCCAUGUUUGAUGAUGAUGCUGACCAGUUUCCUGACGAUCUUUCCCUAGACCAUUCUGACCUAGUUGCAGAGUUGUUGAAGGAGCUGUCUAACCAUAAUGAGCGUGUAGAAGAAAGAAAAAUCGCCCUCUAUGAACUUAUGAAACUGACACAGGAAGAAUCUUUUAGUGUUUGGGAUGAACACUUCAAAACAAUAUUGCUUUUAUUGCUUGAAACCCUUGGAGAUAAAGAGCCUACAAUCAGGGCUUUGGCGUUAAAGGUUUUAAGAGAAAUCCUAAGGCAUCAACCAGCAAGAUUUAAAAACUAUGCAGAAUUGACUGUCAUGAAAACAUUGGAAGCACAUAAAGAUCCUCAUAAGGAGGUGGUGAGAUCUGCCGAGGAAGCAGCAUCAGUGUUGGCCACUUCAAUUAGUCCAGAGCAGUGCAUCAAAGUGCUUUGUCCUAUCAUCCAAACUGCAGACUAUCCAAUUAAUCUGGCUGCAAUCAAAAUGCAAACAAAAGUGAUAGAAAGAGUGUCCAAGGAAACCCUUAACCUCCUUUUGCCAGAGAUUAUGCCAGGUCUGAUACAGGGUUAUGAUAAUUCGGAGAGCAGUGUUCGGAAAGCUUGUGUCUUCUGCCUGGUGGCUGUUCAUGCAGUAAUUGGUGAUGAACUAAAACCACAUCUCAGUCAACUUACUGGCAGUAAAAUGAAGCUGCUGAAUCUUUACAUCAAACGUGCACAAACGGGCUCUGGAGGAGCUGAUCCCACUACUGAUGUUUCUGGACAAAGUUAGUGAAGCUCAUCACAGCGAACCAGGUCUCUCAAAAGAAAGGACAGAUAGACCACCCUCAUCAAUGAAAGGAAAUUCUCAAACACAUCUUUUGGAACUUACUAUUGUUUCCCAGUUUUAGUUUUUUGUUUCGUUUCGUUUUGUAUUUUCUGUAACAGAGGACUAUCCUCAGUCUGCAUGUAACUUUUAUGAUAGUUAUUCCAAAUUCAAGAAGAAGCAGUAUUAACAUCAAUUGAUCAAUACAAAGUAAUUUUUAAUCUAAUUCAUCAUUUCACAUGUUUGUACUUUGUCUUCCCAUUAACCUUUGCCAGUGUUAUGAUUGUAUAAAUUUUUUUAAAUGCUGGUUAAACAGGAAUGCUUAAAGCUUUAAAAGUUUAACAGUCUAAAACAUUUUUGCUUUUAUUCAACUGCAGAAUAAUAUUUUUAUUGCUACUUUGAGUUUUGUUCUGUAUCAUGUCCUAUGCUAGAAAUAUUUAAAUGAUGUGAAACAAAGCAGGACUAAUUUGAACUACCGCUGGACUCUGUUUGUGUGAUGGUGAUACAUGUCAUUAGUUGCAACUUCUUUGGGGUGAUCUAUAGUUUGAAAACUAAAACCUCAAAGACAGAUGUUACAGAAUCAGCCAGUUCUAUAAAACUGAUAUCGUCUGUUGGUUAUUGAUCUUGCCAUCUUUAUUUAAAACCAUGUCCCUUCUAUGAUCCCUUAAGAAAGCUGCACCAAAUCAUCUGCCUGUGUUUUCUUGAUACUUACUGAAAUAGAAGGUUUUAUUGCAGGGUUUUUUUUUUUUUUUUUUUUUGGUUUGUUUAUAUCUUUGUUGUGAAUGAUGCUUUUUUUGUAUUUAUUAAUAUCAAAUUCACUUAUGAAUAAACUUGAUAAUGGAAACAGACAAAAAAAUCAAGUGCAUGUGUGUCCUUGACCGUCUUCUGUUUCUCACGUAAUAAACAAACUAAUUAUCGAGACAUGGGAGUGACCAGCACCUUUUAUUUAAAUGGUGGAACCUGGUUUCCUUUUACCAUGAAAUUGUCUUACUUGAAAAUACUGAUCCUGAUGAGAGAGAAGAUGGUGCCAAGGCUAUCUUUGUAUAACGGGCUCAAAUUCUCUACCUCUUCAGGGCUAAUACUUUUAACUGAGCUGCUGCCUAUAGUGUCUUUUGGAAAACUACUUAAAGGGUGAUUUUCUGUUACUUCUUAACAAAUUUUUUUAAUCACCUCUUGCUACACCCAUUCUUUUCAUGUGCAGCUGACUUUCAAAAAUUACCAGUUUUGGUGAAAGGCCAAAUUAGAUAAUUUGGAACCAGGAUACUAAUGAUUUCUCAUCUUGACUUUUUUUUAAAUCCUAAUAUAAAGUGAAUUUGAUUGAAAAGGCAAAUAGCUAUUAGGGAAGCAAUUUGCUAUUGUUACAGAGUUAUCUGUACUUUGUUUAAUUGAAAAAAAUGUAGAAAUGUAUGUAAAGAAUUUAAGACAGGAGUACUGAAUGGAUGAUUUGUCAUAGGCUUUCCCCUUCCUUUGUUUCUGUUCUAGCAGCAGGAAAAGUUUCUCUAUAUCCUCUCCCUCUACCUGUAACAAUUUUGUUUUCUACUGUUAAUUACAUUGUGUAUUUAUAGUUCUAUGCUUACUGUUGUGCAUAUACUGGCAAUAAAACUGUACAUAACAUUACUUGAAAAAGUUAAUGUAUAUCAGUUUUUCUGUCUCACUGUGUAAGAAGUCACUCAGUUUUAACUUUAGAAGGUCUUGUAUCAGUGGUGGUCUCUUGAAUUUUCUAAGUUCAUCUGAGGAGAAAAGAUUUUUCAGGUGUAGCAACUACAAUCAAAGGUAUAUAGCUACAUACGCAUGUAUAACAACUUAUCUGUAAGAAGAAAAUGCAUUUUAAACAUUGAGCUCUUCUCAGUAGCAUUUUAUAACCUUUGGAUAUGUUUGUAAUCAUUUCAAAUCAAAAUAUUGGUUUAAUUUUGACCUCUGGUUUAAGAUACUGCUUUAACUACUGUUGACAACUAAGUAGAGUGACUUAAGCUGAAUAGUAACUCUAACUGGAAAAUUAGAUCAAGCACCUGGCAUCUAAUGGUAGACAGGCACUCAAGAAAUGAGUUAACUACACAACGGAAAAGUAUGGUUUAAUGUGUCCAAAUGAAAGCUAAUAGAUAUAAACAAGAAAAAAUUGUGUUUACAAUUCUAUAAUCUCAGUUGAUAAGACUGUAAGAAAGUUAUUGAUUAUUUAAAUCACUGUAUACAAUACACCCUUAAUUUGUUCAUUCCAGAAACAUAUGUAGAUGUCAGCUACUUAAAAAUGGUCACGAAAAGCUACUGUUUAAAUUUUUCCUCCUGCUAUUCUCUCCCAAAUUAAUUGUUAGUGUUGUUCAUUUACUGCACUGCUGAGAACUAAUUAAAAUUAUAUAUUCCAGAUUGUAAAA